AUGGCCAAAACGUACACAUACGACGAAGUGCAGCAACACCGCUCAGCGGACUCCUGCUGGGUGAUUCUUUAUAACAAUGUCUACGACGUGACCUCCUUCCUCCCUUCCCACCCGGGCGGCAGCAAGAUUAUCCUCCAACUCGCCGGCACCGACGCAACGGAAGAAUAUGACCCCGUCCAUCCUCCAGGAACCCUCGAAUCAUCCCUCCCCGAGUCUGCGAAACUAGGACCCUUUGACACGACAACCUUACCGAAGAGCGAAAAGACGCCUGAAGAGACCACCUCUCACACAAACACAACUGCGACACCAAGCCCAGCAAAAGAGCUCGAGGAAGACCAACCAACAUCCCUAGCCGACUGUCUAAACCUCGACGACAUCGAAGCCCUAGCAACCCGUAAGAUAAGCAGAAAAGCAUGGGGUUACUACUACUCCGCCGCCGACGACCUCACCAGCAAAACCCUAAACAACACAGUCUACACCCGCAUCCUCAUGCGACCCAGGAUCUUCAUCGACUGCACCAAAUGCGACACGUCCACCUCCUUGCUCUCUCACCGCGUCAAUGUUCCCUUUUUCGUCUCCCCAGCCGCUAUGGCUCGACUUGGCAAUCCCGCAGGCGAAGCCGGGAUCGCGCAGGCGUGUGGGAAGUAUGGGGUCAUGCAGGUGAUCUCGAAUAAUGCUAGUCAGACUCCCGAGCAGAUCGUAGAAGGUGCGGGAGAGGGACAGGUGUUCGGGUGGCAAUUGUAUGUUCAGCAGGAUCGACAGAAGAGCGUGGAGAUGUUGAAGAGGAUCAAGAGAUUACCGCAAAUCAAGUUUGUGUGUCUGACGCUCGAUGCGCCGGUGCCGGGGAAGCGGGAACACGAUGAGCGGACGAAGAGUGCUGCCGCCGGUGGUGUGAGUGGGAAUCUGCCCGUGCGGAGUUCGCUGCAGCAGGCGGGCAGCGCGGGAGCAGGAGGAGUCGGCCGCGCACUCUUCGCCGGCACAGCUCCGGAUUUGACUUGGAAGACCACCCUCCCUUGGCUACGCCAACACACCGACCUCCCAAUCGUGCUCAAGGGUCUACAAACACACGAAGACGCUUACAUCGCCAGCCUGCACGCUCCACAAGUCAAGGGCAUCAUCCUCUCCAACCACGGCGGGAGAGCGAUGGAUACCGCGCCUCCCUCCAUCCACACCCUGUUGGAGAUACGGAAAUACUGUCCCGAAGUCCUGUCCCGACUCGAAGUCUUCGUCGACGGCGGGAUCAGACGCGGCACAGACGUCGUCAAAGCGCUCUGUCUCGGCGCUAAAGGUGUUGGAAUUGGACGGGCGCCGCUUUUUGGACUCGGAGCGGGCGGGGUGGAGGGUGUGGAGAGGACGUUUGAGAUUCUCAAGGCGGAGACGGAGACGGCGAUGCGGUUGUUGGGGGUCGAGAAAGUGGCGGAUUUGAGACCGCAUCAUGUGAAUGCGAGGAGCGUGGAGAGGGAUAUCUAUAAUGGGGUUGAGAAUCCGGGGGUAGAGAAGGUGGGGUUGAGGGUUAGGAGUAUGCUGUAG